AUGUUCGCACGGAAGACCAAGUCUUCCGAUAUUCAGUCAUCAUUACAAAGGUUUUCCGAUCUCACCAGGGACACAAGUAGCCGGACAAAGCAUUUUCGGAUAGUGUACGACACUUUAAGCGACGAUGUGAGCCUUUUAUCAAUAGUCUUUACUUUAAAUUGUUCUUUAAAACAGGGUCCGCGAAAGAAUCAAACAUGGGCUGACCAUGAAAAAAAAUUAUUUUUUUAUAAAAAUCUUAUUUUGCAACCACAAGUAGUCCUAAGGACUAGUAAUUCAAAAAUGCAAAAAAAAAUUUUGGUUUUGGGUUACUGUAGGUGUACUGUAGUUUUUUAAAAAUUUUAUGUAACUUUUUAACUAAUUGACAGAAUUUCACCGGACUUUUUUUUAAAUGAUAGAACACGUCAAACUAAGUAAUAAUGCUGUUGACAGUUUUUUUUGUUUAUGCCCGGAAGGUGCCGAAAAAUUUAAAUAUUUGAAAAAAUUUAAUAAAAAUUUUAAAUAAUUGAAAUUUUCUCAAAAAAAAGUCGUUGUGUGACCGACUUCUGGCACCAGAUAAAGAGACUAGAGACUCUUGCGGUUCAAAUAGUUCUACUGUCCAAGUGUAACAAUGGGGCCAAAGUACUGUAACAAGCUUCCAAGUACGACAUACUGUAGUCAUUAAAAAAUUUGUUGUUGUAACUUUACAGGAAACCUUCGAAUAUGGGUGACGUUUAUUAAAAUUACUUUUUUUAUCUAUAAAAGUAUUACUAAGAAUAUUUUAGCCUACUUUGUAAAGUUUUUUUGGUCAUACUGUGCAGUGACUGGGACACGACGAUUUUGUGUAUAACUUUCUUUAAACUAAAUGAGUAAAGCUUAAAUUUUUAGUGAUUUUACAAUAUUUUAUUUGUCAACAUAAUUGCAAAAAAAACAUUUUUUUCUUGUUGAUUUAAAAAAGUUACAGUAAUCCUACCGUACCCUAUAUUUCCGAAUUAUGUAAAUAAAAGUUUUUUAAAAAAUUGAAGAUGUACGUCUUAUAAAGCAUAAAAAGUUGUACAACUUUUGAAAGUUUUAAGAUUGUAUCUCAUAUGGUAAAAGAGUUACCGAUUUUUUAAAAUUUGAAUUAAAUGCCCAUAACUCAUGAACCAAAAACAAUUGAAAGAUAAAACUUCCAGAAGUUGUACAACUUUUUAUGCUUUAUAAGACGUACAUCUUCAAUUUUUUAAAAAACAUUUAUUUACAUAAUUCGGAAAUAUAGGGUACGGUAGGAUUACUGUAACUUUUUUAAAUCAACAAGAAAAAAAUGUUUUUUUUGCAAUUAUGUUGACAAAUAAAAUAUUGUAAAAUCACUAAAAAUUUAAGCUUUACUCGUUUAGUUUAAAGAAAGUUAUACACAAAAUCGUCGUGUCCCAGUCACUGUACAGUAUGACCAAAAAAACUUUACAAAGUAGGCUAAAAUAUUCUUAGUAAUAUUUUUAUAGAUAAAAAAAGUAAUUUUAAUAAACUUCACCCAUAUUCGAAGGUUUCCUGUAAAGUUACAACAACCUAAAUUUUUUAGUGACUACAGUAUGUCGUACUUGGAAGCUUGUUACAGUACUUUGGCCCCAUUGUUACACUUGGACAGUAGAACUAUUUGAACCGCAAGAGUCUCUAGUCUCUUUAUCUGGUGCCAGAAGUCGGUCACACAACGACUUUUUUUUGAGAAAACUUCAAUUAUUUAAAAUUUUUAUUAAAUUUUUUCAAAUAUUUAAAUUUUUCGACACCUUCCGGGCAUAGACAAAAAAACUGUCAACAGCAUUAUUACUUAGUUUGACGUGUUCUAUCAUUUAUAAAAAGUCCGGUGAAAUUCUGUCAAUUAGUUAAAAAGUUACAUAAAAUUUUUAAAAACUACAGUACACCUACAGUAACCCAAAACCAAAAUUUUUUUUUGCAUUUUUGAAUUUCUAGUCCUUAGGACUACUUGUGGUUGCAAAAUAAGAUUUUUAAAAAAAUAAUUUUUUUUCAAGGUUCGCCCCUGUUUGACCCAUGUUCGAUUCUAUCGCUUACCUUGUUUUAAAUGAUAGAUCAGUAACUUUACUCGAUUAUACUUUAUUUUUGGUGCUUUUUAGCUUACAACUGCUUUAUUACCUAGAAACAUUCUUUUUAAUUUUGUAUACCUUUUUUCAUUAAAUACUAUACCUUUUUCAGGAGAAACUGCAAUUCUGCACAGAAUACAAUUUUGAAAUUUUCCAUUUAAUCGACUCGGUUCUCUCGAACUUCGACCUUGUCAUAGACACUCAUGGCGUGUUCGAAGCCGAAUCCGCCCUCUGGGCUCUAGAGCAAUUACUAUCAAACAUUCCUGAUCUAGUGGGUAAAGGGUGGCAGAAGAAUGGAAUUGAGACGAUACUGCGACGAGGACUACAUCCUGGUAACAUGUUCGCGGUCAGGAAGAUCAGUAUACGACUGUUCUUGAUGUGGUAUCAAUCACUACAUGUAUACGGUAACUCGAAUGCCGUUUUGGAUGAGGUAUUUCAAAACCUACUUCCUUUCUUUCCUCUACGGUCAAAGGUAGCUACAAUAAAGACGUUGACGAGGUAUUGUGAAGGCAGGAAUCACAGCACGACGGUGGGAUUCAAUCCAGCACCGCCCAAGAUAACACCCAUCAUACCUAACACAACAUCGCUGGAGCAGAUGAGUGUCAGGGAUCGGGCUCAGAAUCUUCAGGUAGGUAUUACGGCUACGUGAAGAUACAUAUUUUUAAAAACAACUUUUGUUAUAGCAUUUUAACGUUCAUAUUGUAGUACUUUAAAAUUGAUGUUAAAGUAACCAUAUACCUCAUAAACUACUUUAAAUAUUUUAGGUAUAUCUAGACAAAUUCCUCGAGUAUUCCUAUCGCGAAAUGGUCAAACUAAAGUGGCAGAACCCAGAAUGUCAACUUACUUGUGCUAACUUUCUGUUCGAAAAGAUUUGCGAGCUCUACAUCGAAGAAGUGUUCGUGAACUGUCAAGCUGUUAACGUGUUCGAAGGUUGCGAUCAAGUUGAAGAUGACAAGAACGAGCUCUUAGACACUGCUGAUCCACUCGUUAUAGCACGAUACUGGCUCAUACGAUGGGUGGUUAACAUAGCCUUGGCUGGAAUGCAGGAGGAUUCACCGUCAGGGCUUCUGCUGUUCAGACGGGUAGGUUAAUAUACUGUUUUUGAGAUAGUUUUUGAAGGAAAUUGAUGCUUUAAAAUAUAUUUUAAGCCAAAAAUUAGUACAGAGGAAACUGUAACACACUUGUUUACAAUUUUUUCAUAUAAUUUGCAGAAAAUAUGUCAUUUUUGAUGAAAAAUGAUUUACAAAAUUUAAUUUUAAAAAUAAAAUAAAAUUUUUAAUAUUGUCUUACCUUUCAGUGCCUCUACUCUGCCCAGUUCCCUGUAAAUAUGUUGUUCACCAUGCUCUCCAAAGCCAUGUUCCUCCCUUUGGCUUGUUCCAGUGUAAUCCAGAAGGUAUUAACUCUAAUCAAGGCCUGGCUUCUCAAGACCGAAACCCCACCCUUCCUCCAAUCAGAUUGGCCAGGUCCCCAGCCAAAAGAAGAUCAAAUCCAAAUCUUACUGGUCGAUAUAUUGUUCUUCUUUUUCCGAUCACCGUACCUCUCAGCGUGUGGCGACAGAUUCCCCACAGUAUUAACUCUAACUCAAACCAUCAUGGAUAAUAUCAGAGACCUGGGGCAGGUCAACGUUCAGUUUUCGAACGGAUUCUGGCAGAAUCUUCUGAUGGGAUUCUGCUCGACCACCUACUCGUGUUGUAACGAAAUGAUGAUGUUUGACAAACCUACAGUUCAGUUGUUCGUACGAUCACUGUUAGGGUCAUUUGUGGAUGUAUAUGUCUACAGGAAUAUGAAGCUGGUAGUCCAGACGUGGGAUGCUUUGGCCUUGAUUUUCAAAAGGAAUUGUAGUGAAGCAGCUGUAGAAGAGGUACGGUAAUGUUAUAAGGUUUAAAAUAUUUUCAAUAUGAAUUUAGAUACCAAAUAUGAUAUGAACUUACCUUUUUAGUGGUCGAUCUUCGUUGACUUUAUGACCUACGCUUUGGCUUUGAACAAUCUGGAUAUAGAGUUGAAUCCUAGCCAGCUACAUCCUAUGGUAUCUAAGGUAAUGUUUUUAAAGUAUCAAUUUACAUCAUUCACGAAAAUCUUGACUUUUUAGGUAACAAAACGAAUUUAUUUUAUUUUAUAACCUAAUUCAUAAAAUAAUAUUUAGUCAUAUCACAUAAAACACUUACCUUAUCCACAGGGACGUCGUUUGGGGGGGGUGGUUCCUGUACGUGAAAAAACGAAAAAAAAAAUUUCGAAAAAUUGGUCCACAGGUAGCUAGCUACCUGUGGACCAAAAAAAAUUUUUUUGGGCCUCCCCCAGAGAAAAACCGUAGCGACGUCCCUGCUUAUCCAUGUUUACCUUGUAGGUCCUCCAUCAAUCUCGCCACAGCCAUCAGCCCUCAGGCGACCCGAUCAGUUUGAGAGACGAGGCCUCUUCCCUGGCGGCUCCGGCCGAAUACACUAAACUGCUGCGGGUAUGUCAAUAUGCAUUGUUAUGCAAAGCCUGAUUUGUAGAGAGGCGAAGGCCACCACGCUCCAUCGUGGUAUCGCUGCUGGCUGCGGUUCGUGUCGCUGGUGUUGGCUGGCGACAAAAGCUUCGGCCCGACGGCUGUGCAAACAAUCGACCGGUCGAUUCGAACACUGUUGGAGGGGGACUCGGCGCACGCCCUGGUCCAGUGGCUCGGCGCCCAACUCCUGGACACGAGUGUAGCCGACGCCAUCGCCGCGUUAGCCCGCGUCCUCGUCGAAUCCAACCCGCCCGACGUGCUACGGGCCCAGAUCCUGGCCCGCUUCCGCGAAUCCCUUCACAACCCCCAACUGGUCCAAGUGGUACUGCAACAGUACACGGAGAUGAACGUGGAAGACUCGAACGUCAUGGCUUCGGACACUGUGAGCACGUUGAAGAAGCUGGCACAGUCCUCCGAAUUUACGGCCCAAGCUGUGGAAGUGGCCGCCGUUUUGGCGUUGAAUAAUCCAGAAGCUGAACAAGUAAGUUGUUUUUGGUUUUUUUGUGAAAUUAGGCUUAUCUUGAUUGAAACGGCUUUUGUUGUAAUGUUGUGAUAGCUGAUAUUGUAAUAUUAAGUUAGCGAAAUUGAAAAAAAAAAUUUUUAAAUAGAAAUAAUGGUCAAAAAGUUCAUGGAAAUCAAUUUUAAAAAGGAAAUCUUAAUUUUUUUCUAUUCACUACUUGACUAAAACCUUCUUGCUUUAUAUUAUUUUACCAUUUUUAAUUCAAAAGUACUUUCUAAAAUGUAUUUUAGGUAAUAUUCUCCAUCCUGAGGAACAGUGCCGUCAAAAUCGAUGUGGACUCCAUGGCCAAGAUCAUAAACGCAUUUUCGAUAAUCGCAUUGGAACGAAACAACUUUGACAACUUGUUCGCCGUUCUGUACCUAAUCUGCCAACGACAAGGCAACCAUCUGAAGGUGUUGUCCCAGUUCUGUGCCAACUUCUAUUCGACCAAAUUAAAGUGCAAACAACGACUGGCCGAGACUCUCGAGUCGGCCAUCAUCAAGAGUCAGCAGCUAAAGGAGGACCGAAUCGCAAACGAAAUAAAGUGGCAGAUGGUAACGAUGUUAUCCACCGAGAGGAUCGACAACACCAUGAAGACAUUGUUCGCGAACAUGGCCACCUCUUCUGACGACUUCUUCGAGGGAUUCGUGAUUCAGAGAGGGCUACAGUUUCCUUUGCCCGGAUUCACGGUUUCUCAGUGGAAUUCGCUAUAUGAAAAUGCACCCAAAGAUGUCAAAUUAGAUGUUAUUGUACAGAAACCAAAAGCUAUGAUCAGGUAUGGAAAGGGGCUACUACGAUUUAUUUUUAAUUUGUAAAAAGGGGUCAAUUUCAAUAACUAUUUUGAAUUUUGUUAUUAAAGGAACCGUUCAUUGAAUUUUUUUGAAUGAAAUUUUUUCGCGGGUUUUCCAAUGUUUUCGAUUAAUUUUUUGAGAAUUUUUAUUUCCAAAAAAUAUUUUCAUUUGAUUUAUUUCUUGCCAACGCGGUUGUAUAUUUUGAACCAUAUUGAGGUUUUCUUACCUAUUCAGACUUUUAAAAUAUCAAAACACUCAAGACACAAGCCUUUUUUUCUUCUGAAUCUUUGUAGGCGAUACUAUACUAGAUUUUAGUGUUUUCACAGCUUAAAAAUAUCUUAGCCAUCUACUGUUUGGUCUUAAAUUACUCUACAGAAAAAAUACUACAAUAUCUUACUUAUUCGAACCGUUAACACAUCAAAACACCCAAGAUACCAGGCCUUUUCAUCUCGAAACCACCAAUACCUAGCCUUGUGGAGGGUUUACUAAUAACAAGAAGGUGAAACAAUCCAAUUUGGGGGUAAAUAUACAUUCUUACAUUAACAAAUAAUAUUACUUUACUAAAGAUACGCAAAUUGUAAGAUUAAUAAGACCAUGUGGUUGGAGAGGUUGGUGGAUGUGGAUUUAGGCGUUCGCUUACCCCAAGGAUAAUACCAUUAUAUGUGAUCUAAAGUCCUGAAAACGAAAAGACACAGAAAUACUUACUUCUAACGUCGAAUUAGCUGCUUUUUACUCUCUAACGAAACCUGACAUUUUUAAACCAAUAGUAAAGUAAGACCUAAACUAUUCUUUAAAAGUUUUACUGAACUAAAAGUUUAAAAAUGGUUUCAUUAUAGCAAAAAAACAUGUUUUUAGAGUUUAGAACAAAGAAUAUGUAGAAUAUUAAAAUAAAAGUAGUGAAAUAUAAACUGAGAACCUCAAUAUGGUUCAAAAUAUACAACCGCGUUGGCAAGAAAUAAAUCAAAUGAAAAUAUUUUUGGAAAUAAAAAUUCUCAAAAAAUUAAUCGAAAGCAUUGGAAAACCCGCGAAAAAAUUUCAUUCAAAAAAAUGGCGCUAGGACAAAUGCGGUUUUUGGACAUUUGCGGAUCUGCGGUUUUUAGACACUUGCGGAUCUUCGGUUUUUGGACACUUGCGGAUUUUGGACAUUUGCGGAUUUUUUAAAGGUUUUUUUUUAUUUUUUAGUUAAUUUAGUUGUAUUAUGGUACUAAAUUGUACUAAAGUUUGAAUUGGUACGGUUUUAACAUAACAGUACCUUUUUGGGCUUUUAGUACUAUUUAGUACCAAAAAUAUAAAAACAGUACCGGUUAAAAAUUUAGUACUAUUUAACAUUAAAAAAUAUUAAGACAGUGCAAAUUUAAACUUUAGUACCAUUUAGUACCAUACUACAACUAUAUUAAAUAAAAAAUAAAAAAACCCCUUUAAAAAAUCCGCAAAUGUCCAAAAUCCGCAAGUGUCUAAAAACCGCAGAUCCGCAAAUGUCCAAAAACCGCAUUUGUCCUAGCGCCAAAAAAAUUCAAUGAACGGUUCCUUUAAAAAGUUGAUUUACGGGAAAAACUUCAUUUUUCAAACUUAAAAAUUUAAAUUUUCAAACUUCAUUUGACCAUAUUUUAGUUUCGAAAAGCAUUCCCGAGAUUCUCGAAUCUGGAGCCGAACCGUGGUCGGAAAACAUUGCUAUGGCCUGAAACGACUGACUGGCCUACCUUCAGCCCACACUCCAACUCAUGAUUGGCUAGUUACUCUGUCACAAAGCAAUGACAUAAAACCGUCAGUGCCAGAAACAUACGUCGAUGAACACAGUAAAAAGUUCGCUCCAAAUGAAUCCGAAUUCUCAUUGGGAUCCACGGAUUCAUGUGGAGUCGUACUUGACGGUGUUGAAGUAGCCAAAGUGAUGGAACAUCUGAAGACCAACAAGAGGAAACCGAGGAAGUCGGUAAGGAUAAAAGGAUUUGAUUGUUUGUUAUCUAAAACGUUAAUGGAAAAGGUAGCCGAAAAUGGUUUCUGCUCGCUAUAACAUCAUAUAAUGAUUUAUAUAUCUAAAAUAUAAUAAAAGUAACCGUAUAUCUUCUAAAAACGCCUUUUGUAGCGAAGUAACAUGGUAGAAAUCGACCAACGUGAGUCGAAAGCAUUAGAAUCCCACGCCCGAGAGUGGAGAGGCUUCAUGUCGGAUAUGCAUUUCAUCGAAGAUGUUCGUGUCCCAGUGUCUGAACAGAACUUCACCAGAGAGUUGCGACAUCUCGACCAGACGUUGUCACGUGAAGUACACAAAGUGGCACUUAUCUACGUUGGAAUGGGACAGGAAGUAGGUUAUGGAAUUCGUAGUAGAAUGAUCUAGAGUUUUCGACCGGAAUAUUUUUAAAAAACUUUCCUUGUUGUAUAUAGUUUUUUGGCAUAUUAUGUAAGAAAUACCUUCUAAGACUUUCCAUUUAGGACAAACAAACGAUAUUAUCCAACAACCGAGCCACCCCCAUCUUCGACGAGUUCGUCUCUCGCCUUGGAUGGCCAGUUGAGAUCGGUCCUAACCAUGUGGGCUAUGCUGGAGGCCUCCCAGCCGGCCACAUUGCCCCAUACUAUGCCAAUUCGGCCUGCGAAGUCAUCUUCCACGUUUCCACUCGGCUGGCUGGAGCCGCCACCCAAAAGCUGAAGCAUCUCGGCAACGACGAAGUCCAUGUCAUAUGGAACGAACACAACCGACCCUACCGCCGAGACAUCAUCGCCACACGCUUUUGCGACGUCCUCAUCGUGCUACAGCCCGUCUCCGUGAACCUGAUCAAGGUCCGCGUGGAGGUACAACAUCCCGAGAUCCAGUUCGGGCCGCUGUUCGACGGUGCUCAAGUUCACGUCAAACAACUUCCCGAGCUCGUUCGCGAGACAGUCAUCAACGCAUCACGUAUGUAUCGGAUACGACAGACCAACAUUCCCCGACCCAACAAACACCGUGAAACAGUGUUCCUGGACACGAACACCAAACUGCAGAAAGUGCCCAUCUCUCACUCGAUUUGUAGCUCCUACAUGCCUUCUCUCAAAGCUUAA